CGGCCAUCACUUCGCCAUAGAACAUCGACAGAGACAGGGAAAACAACCUGCUUGGAAUUGUGAAUAACGCCGUAGGCUACUAAUUCUCAUACCUACUUUGGAAAGUUUUAUGGAAGAUACAGCAACGUAAAAUGGCGUCUGGUAGAAGCAUUCCUGGGCAACUGGUUCUUCAAGAUCACAUUCAAAGACUGGUGAAGAUCAAGCGAAAGCAACCGCUUCAUCACAUCGCACUAGUAGCCUCUUCAGUGUGUGGGAAAUUGGUGGACCGGACGGAUGAUGAGCUCUCAGAAUUCAAGGCGAAUGUCGCUAAUAUUGCUUCAUGGAUCAUAUUCUUCGACGAGAAACCGAGCUGCCUCGACGACAACGUGGCAAACAAGAUCCGAAAGGCUGGUCGUCUGUGCGAUCGCCUGGCGACCGGUGAAAGAAUAAUUAACGGAGAGACAGCUAGGAAGACUUUUUCACUUCGCCGGAAAGCAGUCGAUCUUGAUUGGGUGAAUGAUGUCGUUGUUUGUAGAUUAGACCAAUUUAAGCAGUGGUGGGGGAAAGAGUAUGAAGCUUGGAAGGAAGAGGUGCAGCCGCAAGGAGCUGAGGGAGGAACGCCCUCUGCCAGGGAUAGUCCUAUUGAACCACCUCCCAAGUUAGAAAAUAUUAUAGAUCAUGGGGCGUGUAGACCAAGGAAUCCUGCCCCAGCCACAGAGUUUCAACAAUCCUCCGGAGGACCUAGGCUGGUCUCAAACAAUUCAUUCAGUGAAGAUAAACUCGCGACAGGGACAUUUGACUCUCCAGGGACAUUUGACUCUGAUAACCAGGAAGAAGACGACCCUACCACGGCCCAUGCCUUGAUUCCGUUCGACAACUUGUCUGAUGCUGUGUCCUACCCAGAACCUGCACCUUCGGAAGACAACAUUUCUGAUUUCCUUGAUACCGGAGACGACCCUGAAAACACUGAAUACGACAUCCUCAUUUCCCACGAACCAGAAGACGAAGAAGAAGCGAAAAGUAUCAGAUGCCGAUUGCAGAGAGAGCUCAAGGAUAAAAGAGGAAAUACGACUGCCAAAGUUUGUAUCCCAGGUGACUUUCACUAUAAAGGCAUCCGACCCAAUCCACUGCUAGCGGCUGUUGAGAAAAGCACCUCAGUUGCAUUCUUUAUAUCGAAAUUCACCGGAGAUAUGGGCCGCAAGAAAAGUAUUCUAAAUAGCUUAGAUUUCCUGAUGACAACCGCGAAGGAACAGCAUAUCGAAAUGAUAUUUGUUGUUGUGAAGGGCAACAAGGAGCAGGCUAAAGAGCUCUUGAAAGAGGACAAUCGAUACCUCAAAAUUACGGCUGCGGAUGGAAAGGUCUACGAUGUCAAUGCACCUGAUUUCUCAAAGAAAAUGUCACAGAUUUUUAGAGAACAUCAACAUCUUACAUUGGACAGGAGAUUAAAGCCACCUCAGCCUCACUCAUCAAGAAGUGAAACGGGCCGUCCGAUAACUAGUGAUAGCAGUAGCACUAGUGAAAAGCAGACACACGAAGGGCCUCCUCUAACAUACGAUGAGAGCGCUGAAAAAGCCGAACCUAAGAAAUUACCUGCGAUGAGUAACCUAAUGUAAACGGAUUGCUCUCCUGCCAUACAGUAAAAUAGCGAAACUUUAUCAGAAAUAUCCUUUGAUAAUGGCAAAAUCACCUUAGUUUUGGCUUGAACCUAUCCUAUGUUACCACCUCUCGGUAGACCCGUUGGCCUGGUUUUCUGCCCAGGACUUCAAAUCAGUUCAUCCAACUUCGAGUAACACUGAUAUUACAGUUAUAUAAUUUGUUGGUAUAUAGGCUAUACCGGCGAAUCUGGCUAGUUCACGCACACUGCAAUAAUUCCCUUGCCCAUGAAACUUAUCGAUGCUACCCAUGGUGUUUCUAAUUAAGUUUAAAUCCAGCAUCUAAUCAGCCUAAGAGCCUUACAGCUGCAAGCUCAAGCUGGCCAACUACAGUCUCCGGUUGACCACAAACACAUGCCCAUGGCCAUGCGCUAGACGGAUACAUCUGAAAGGAAUCUGGACAAUGGUCAAUCCUGUACGAGGCCAACUGUUCCGGUCUCAGUGACCAUCAGGGCUGAUGCUCACAAGGGAAACAGCCCAGGGAAAGGAACAGAGUGGAUGAAUCUCAGUGAGUAGGCCGAGUCAGUUUUAUGGUGCAUGUAUUUACUCUCAAGGGAAUAUCUGAAGAAAUCCUCAUCUGGGUAGAAUCAUUGCCUCAAAGUUUUUGUUUCGAUGACCAAAAGGUUAUGACAUAUUAUUGGUUCAGAUGACUGCAGUCAUGGCAGUGUCCAGUAUGCUUCUUUUUUACGGUGCGCCAGGCCUUUUAGUGCGUUGGCAGGAGCCAGAGAGUUUAGGUCAGCCUUUGGUUCGGCCUCAUCCGCCUCUCACAUUGUCUCCUAUAGGCAGGCGACAGCAGCAGUGUCAGAAUGCUGCGCAAUACUGCCCAGGGAAAUUAGCAGACCGUCGGUCAAACAUCCGACCCAAAUUGCCAAACUUCACUGGCCCCGGCGGCCAGGCCGGGGAAAUCGAUAGGACAUUGUGAGAGCCUGUCCCAGCAAAUCUAUGGGGCCAUUUUUGGUUGCCAACCCCGCAGACAUUUGAACACAAAUGACCAACUUGUAUCAGUUUCUCAUCGUGGUGUCCCCACGUUUGCCCGUUGGUGGCAGAACUUGUCCGAUCAUGGAUUUUAUCCGCCUGCGGAUGCAACGCACACUUCAAAUUUAAUGAAGGGGACAAUUUCUCGAUCAGACCAUUCGAAGACAUCGCCGCCUGGUUUAUUCCUUGUGUACCAUCUCGGUGGGUACUCUCCUUUUUUGGCACAUGGCAUUAUCCAGACAUGGCAAACUUCUCCAUACAAGGUUGACGAAAUCUGCACUGUCUGUCCUCCUCAUGACAAGAUGAUUUUUCUAUCAAUCUGAUAGGCAGACGAUGGGUCAAAGAAGCUACUGAGAGUCCGAGCUCCAAUCCUCAUAAUGGUCGACAGUACAAAAUGAAGCUAAUGUCAUGGAAAACUUCAUCAUGUGGUCCCUUCUUCAUUUUAUUUCAUUAUUAGCCUAGUGUAAUUCAAGUUGCGCCCAUUUUUCGGGUGAUUGCGUGUGUGCGCCCAUCCUGCGACUUGGGAGGUAUCCCUCUAAUUGAGGCCCUAAGGGGAAUAAGACCCUUGGUACCCAAAAUAUCCAUGGGACAGACAUUGUUCAAACAACAGCAGCUAAUUUGUACGAGUCGUCUGCAAUCAUUGCAAAACUCACGUUUGAUUUCAUCUCAAGUCUGCCAUUACACAUGUGCAUUUGUGUCGUAUAUUUCUGCAUCAAAAGUACCAGGGUUUCAGACAAAGAUGGGUUGGUUCAAACCUUAGAAAUGUUACGCAGACGACAUUAUCCAACAUGUUUUGAUUUGUCAAAGUUGGUGACAAUUGAUUGAAGCCUGUCAUGUGUGAUGACACCAGCGAAAGAUGGGGCCAGGAAGGUCCAAGCUGUCAACUUGGUUGCAGUUGUGAAAGAGGGGUAAAAUUGGUCCAUGAAGCUGUCGGACCCAUCAUUUCUGCUUUAUGGACAGACUAAUUGGUAGGGCCAAGCCAUAUUGGUUCUGGUUUGUGAUUUCCCCAUAUGACCAUGGCGGUAGCCAAAGUUUUGAUAGGCAGUGGCCAUCUUGUGCUCCUUCUUUUGUUACUCUUCCGCAAGGGUGGCUUGGUGCGAUAUUACGCCCUCACGAAUGGCUGCUUCGUUAUAGGGCCUUCUGCUAUUUUAGAAUAUCCUAAUCUCAAAUGGAGACCAAAACCCUUGAUUUCCGAUUGUCUGUGUCCAAAGUUAAAUAUAAAACUUCGUAGUAACUAUUUAUAUACAAAUCAGAUCAUGCAAGUACAGUGGGGUGAGGUUUUAUCGAUGAAAUUCUCAGUUAGGAAUGGUGUGAAACAAGGGGGUGUAUUAUCACCAGUAUUGUUUGGUAUAUAUCUUGACGAACUUUUAGAUAAAUUGGGUAAAUCUGGGGUUGGCUGCCACAUUGGCAGCAUGUUCUUUGGCGCCUUUGCCUAUGCAGAUGAUGUCAUCAUUUUAGCGCCGAUCGGGCUUAGGAAAAUGUUGAAGGUUGCAAGUGAGUUCUCGCUUGAGUAUAUGAUUUCUUUCAACGCGUUGAAAAGCAAAUUUCUUGUAUUUGGGUGUAAUGAUCCUCCACCCGAGGUGGUUUUUCAAGGUAAUGCAAUCAGAGUAUCCCAAGAGGAAAUUCAUUCAGGGAUACUUCUGGGUCAUGACGUACGACGUAGGCAGAUACAUGUACUAUGUACAAAUGAUCUUUAUAAACGCACGAACAUUUAAAUGUCUCAGUUUAGAUUUGCCAACUACAGCACAAGAUAUAGACUAUUUAAAAACUUCUGUAUCCCUAUAUGGAUACCAACUACAUGUACUAGGAGAGGAUGUCAUUGUGUAGAAAGUUAUGACGAGAAAUUGGUUGUUCUUUUGUUGGCACCCGCAUAAAAUGUUCAUGCAUGUUCACAAUAUUUCUGUACUUAUAGUACGA